AGCUCAACGCACAGAAGGCAGGCUUCCUGUUGCUGAAUCGCAGGUGAACAAGCUAGAUCGUGUCGCUGGUAGGCUGAUAAACCCAAACACAAGCUACGGACGAGGUUGUUCUACACUUCUGUACUGGUGUAGCAGUCUCGCUGGUGCCGACCUUGGAGUAGCAUUUUCAUUUUCAUCGGUCGACACUUGCUGAAGUCCGGCAAGAGCCUUGGGUGGCUGAUAGUAGUGUCGUCCACCACGGUGAGCUCUGCAACAGCUACCCUUCUCCGGCCGCUACAAAAGCCCUCUACUUUCAGGUUUAUGCCGCCGCGCACUAGAUCCAUUUCUAGAGUAGCAAAACUCUUACUUCCUGAUCCUGUUACUACUGUUUGGUCCGAGUGUGGAGAGAACAACUUACAGCUUUGUAUCACCAAUUACUUCAAGUGUAAAAAAUCAAUGGCUGGUAAGGUUGGUUCAUCAAGGCAAGGUCGCGCCCAAUUUCCAAUGGAGCGAGAACUUGAAUUUGCGGAGUACUUGGUUGAAAUUAAACGGGAUAAUAGAAUGAACAAGGGCAACUUAAAGAGCGAGGUCUUCCCGGCAAUUGUUGAUAAAUUUGCCAAAAAAGGAUGCCACUUUGACAAAAAUCAAAUCAAGGCGAAGUAUUAUGCAUUAAGGCAUCUGACACAAGAAUACAAUCGCAUGCGAUUGAGGGUGACUGGGGCCGGAUGGGAUCCCCUCCUCCAGACUGUAACCAUGGACGAAAGCAAAUGGCAAGCUAUUAUUAAGGAGAACCCAUCUUUUGAGACUUUCCAUAACAAAGAUUGCCGUGUCUUCUACAUGUUAUCGGAGGUGUUUGACAAAAUGGAUGCCCAAGGCCGAUAUGCAAGGGACUCAAAUCAGCCACCAGUUGACAUCAAUGAUGAGAUAAGGGUGAGGCAAAGUCAAGCAUUGAACAAUAUGGGUGGCCAGAGCAUGGAGCACGUGGACCUGACUGAUGAAAUGAUCUCUCCUAUGGCUCCAACUGGAAAAUCAGAUGCCAAACAUUCAAAAAGCAAAGGCAAAGGGAAAAGGAAGACUCCGGAAUCUUCAUCCGGCAGGGACACCGACCUCCCGCCUGGUCUAAGUCGCACCUCCUACAAUAAUGCCAUAUCUUGGAUGGAUGCGACAUUUGCUUCCGAUCGGAACACCUCCCAGACCGUAGAUGCCCCAGCACCCCCACCUGCUGCUACUCCAGCUCCUCCUUCUCCGAUUUACGUGGAUGAUGACCCUUUCAGCCCUCUAAAGGCAGAUGCAGCCUUAACCAAAAUAGAAGGCUUGCCCGAGAAAGUAUACAUUAAAGCAGCUGUGAAGUUGGCUGAUUCCGCUGACCAUCGGAAGAUGUUUUUGAGUCAAAAGAGUGAAGCUAGGAUGCGGUUAUAUGCAAUGACUAUUGGGGGGGGUGAAAUAGAUGAUUAAGACCUGCAUGUGCCUCGAGGUUCAUCACCAGUUGGAAGGCCAUAAGUUUGCAUGUUUUAAUGUAAAAUAUUUGUAUUCGUGGUUGUACGAUGCAGGUUUUCCCUGUUGGGAAACGAACUUGCACUGUGGUUGUCUUAUUUCAUAGUUUGGAUCAUUUUAAGACGAUUUGAGAAACUUUCAGUAUUUCGGAUAUGCAUUUUUUAGAAAAUUAAUAAUAAAUAGGAUUUCUACUU